AUGACAGAAAAAGAAGAUUGGACUUGGGAGCAUUUGGUCGUGAGUCUCUGGAAAUCAUCCGACUGAAAGCGGACCCGAUUCCAGAUGGGUACUGCGUGCGUGUUUAUCACUGAAGUGACAAUCAUGUGGGCGUCCAUAUUAAUCCAUUACUUUUGCUUUUUUCGAAAACGUCUCGCAGCCGAAGCGGAACAAUAUGUACGUUUGCGGACAUUUCGCAACCGGUUGCCACGUGUACUCGUUGCAGAGUCUCGCACUGCAAAAAUUAGAGCGUAUCAAGCAGGGAGUGCCGGAGCCGGAUGAGCUGUCGCCGACCCAAUUGAGCAGUUUGCUCGAGGCGGACAAGACGCAGAAGUCGGACAGAGUCAACAAGAAGAAGAAGAAGAAGUCGGCGGAGAAGAGCAAGGAAAAAAAGACGGCGGCGGUGACGAAGAGGAAAACGAAAACGAAGCCGAACGUGCAUUUGUCGGCCGAGAAAACGCAAAAGGACGAGAUGCCACUCCAGUUGUUAUCGUUCGUUUUUUUUUCGACUCGAAGCGCCGAUCUUCCCCAUUUUCAGUCCGGUCAGCAUUAAAUCGUUCACCGACACCGCCACCGAACUGCAGAAACAAGACAAAGUGGCGCAAGUGGUCUCGGAUCCAGAUCAAAAUGGCGCACAUGGUCUCGGAUCCGUCUCGGAACGCACGUGCUCUCUGUUCGACGAGCAGCCCGUCUACAGUCCGACAGUCACUGCUCAGGCUCCGGCAGCGCCCAUCCCACAUCCACGCGCUCAUUCGCAAGAGCCAGAAGCGGAAGAUGAGAAGACGGCUCGCGAUUAA